AUGCAAUAAAAUGAAAAUGAUGAUCCUUUAUAAAAUUAAAAUAAUCAGCAAACCGUUUUGCAAUAGGAACAAUAAGAAUAACAAGAUGAGAAUGGUAAGAAGACUCAAGCAGCCCAGGAGUAAUCAAAUGGAGAUGAAAAUUAAAAUGAAUAAUUUAAUAAUGCCUCUGAAAAUACAAAUAACCAGUAGUAAGAGUUGAAUAAGGAGAAAACUACAAUAGACACUGAUUAACAAGGUGAAACAUUAGAUGCUCUAAAUGAGAAGGAAUAAUAGUAGGAAAAAUAGGUGUAGUCAGAAUCAUAAUAGGAAAACAAGGGAAAUCAGCAAAAUUCCAUUAAUGAUCAAACAAUUGAAAAUAGCUAGGAUGCUCAACUAUCCAAUAAUAAGGAAGUUAAAUAGGAAAAAGAAAUUAUUUAAUCGAAUAGGGCGAAUUAACAAGAGUAAGGAUAAUUUAAAGAAUAAAAAUAAUAAAAGGAAGACAAUAUUGAAAAUUAGGGCUAAAGAAACAAUCAAAAAAAGAAAACAACGAAAAGAAGAACAACAAAAGUGGAAGUACAAGAAAAUUAAUAAUCGAAUAAUCCAUCUUAAUCAAACAAUGACGCCAACUAAGAGAAUUAGGAGACUGACCAAAACAAUUAAGAGAAGGCAGAAUUAGAAGCAAAAUAGAAAUAAAUAGAGGAAUAAUAGAAAUAAGAAGAAUUGCUGAAAAAACAAGAAUAAGAAUAAUAAGAAAAGUUACACAAAUAACAAUUAAGGGACAAAUUCUUUAAGAGUAUGAUUUUUCCUUUAAGAACCUAAAAUAAAAAAGGUAAACAAUUUAAUUUAACCUUUGAAAUUGAAAGUGAGAAAUUGCAAGUAAAAAUGAGAGGGUGUAAGAGUGCACAAAGAUAUUAAAAAGAAAAGAAGCCAAGAACAAAAAGCGCUAUUAAUAAGGAGUUAUUUGAUUUCUUCAAUACUAUGAAUCCUAAAAAACAUAUUGAGGCGAUGACUCCAAAUACACUGCAAAAAAGAAAGAAAUAAUAAGAGUUAGAUUAAAUGAGGAAGGAUUGUGAAAGACUUGAAGAAUAACACAAUUAACAAUAAAUAACAUAACCUUUACCAUAAAAGGAACAGAGAUCUUCAAUUCACUAUAAAUAAAGAACAUCUUCACCAAAAAAGAAAUUAGAAGUCUAUGUAAGAAAAAGAAAGAAGGUUAAGAGAGAGGAUGUUAAUAGAUAAAAACAAGGAUUCUUAAUUGAAAGCCUUAGAUUUCAUUAGAAAAAUGUAAUAGAAUAGAAAUUGGCAGCGGAGUUAAAAAGAUAAGAAAAAUUGGAAAAAUUAAGUGUUAAAAUUUCAAGUUAAUUAGAACAUCUGAGACUGGGGAAUCAAAGAUAUAAAGAAGAAUAAUAGAAAUAAAAGAGAAAACAAGCACUUGAAUAGAUUGCUAAGUAAGAAUAAAAAAGAUAUGAGAUGAUGUUGGAAUAAUAGAAAAAUGAAAGAUUCGUGAGAGAAUUGAAAGAAAAAGCUGGAGUGAGCAGUUAUUAUAGUGCUAAGAAAUUAGCAUUAGGUUCUCCAACCUCUCUAGUAAAAGAAUUGGAAAAUGGAUAAAUCAAAAUUGAACAAAAUAUUGAUACAAAUCGAAAGUUGAAUGAGAAUCAAUUUCUACUUAAAGAUGAAUAGAAAAAAGGGAUUAAAGACAAUAAAUCGAAAUAAUAAGAUUACAAUAAGUAAGUAAGUUUAUUAAAUUUUCCUAAAAUAAACGACAAGAAACACUUUGAACUGGUUAAUCAAUAUAUUUCUGCUGAAAACAAAGAAGCUUUGCCAGAGAUCAAACCAAAACGAAAGAAAGCCUGGUAAAUAGAAUAAGAAUUGAAAUAAAGAAGAUAUAAAAAUAGUGAUUAAUUCAAGGAAUGA